UUCGCAAUUAUUGUAGAAUGUUUUCAAAUAUUGUGGAAAAAUUAUCAAAAAGCAAUGAGUCAGGCCUUGGAUCUCUACUUCUGCCAUUAGCAAGACUGUUACAGCCGGCUUCUAGGCCCAUAUUUUCUCUCUAGAACCUUUGUAUACAAUUUGGUGUUACUACAGUGCAACACCAUUCGCGAGGAAGUAAAUUUAUUUUUCAAAAACCAUUGAGCAUGUGCUUUGGCUCAGCAGAGGUCUUGGUUCUUCCGACAUGUGGAACGCAGUAGAUACAACUCGAUGACAAAUCUAAAUCAGUAGCAUAACAUUGCAAGUUAAACUGCAGUCACUCUACUUGCCAAAAUAAAAUUUAAAUGCAGAAAUAAUUGGCGGUCAAUUAUAACGAAUAUCUUGACAGGGCUUGAAGAAAUUGGUUUUCGUCAUCAUCAAGACCCCUAGGCGCCAAACGCUACUAUAUACACGUGUUACUGAAGCUAUAUUACAUUUCAAUGUCGAUAGUUAGAGCUAUGAGACGAUUGAUGCCGCGUAAGUUUGGUAGAUGUAUGGGACUGGUGGCAAUUUGCAUGGUGAUCGCACUAUUUGUGGAAACAUUUUUAUUCGAAAGUCGUACAAAUACCGGCUCAGAUCAGAUGGGAGAUCCAAGACAUUUGAAUCCGAGGCAUGUGGCUAAGUCGUCGCCUGUGGUAUCAUUUACAUUGCAAGGAGAGUCCUCUGAGUUCCCUUCACAGUGGAAUUUUGGAAAAAAGGAUCUUUUCUUCAACCUAACGCUGGUGGGAGGUGACAACAGUCCAGGUCAGAACGGGGCAGAAGUUGUUCAUGUGGGUGCGGAAGUGGAAGAGGCAAAGAGAAGGUUCAAAGAGAACAACUUCGACACUGUUGCCAGUGAGAAAGUGCCCUUGGACAGAAGGGUGAAGGACCUCAGACACCCCGACUGCCUCAACAUCCAAUAUGACCAGGAUUUGCCCUCGACGUCAAUCAUUGUGAUAUUUUACAACGAGGCACCUUCAGUUCUGCUCAGGACAGUCAUCAGUGUGCUUAACAGGACACCGCUCAAAUUCGUGAAGGAGGUUAUUCUCGUGGACGACCACAGCGACAUUAAAUCCAACGUUGAUGUGCUCCCAAAUGCAAUUAGAACCUUUUUCCCGCCGAUGGUUAAGUUAGUGAGGAACGAGAAACGCCUCGGCCUGAUCAAAGCCAGGAUGGCGGGCAGCGACAAGGCCAGUGGUGACAUCAUUCUCUUCUUGGACUCCCACUGCGAGGUUGGACCAGGAUGGCUAGAACCUUUGCUACAGAGAAUCAAAGAAGACUAUCGUAAUGUAGUGAUGCCUUCGCACGACAUCAUCAAAGCCGAAGGGUUUGAAUUUGUAGGAGCCAGUACUAUAGAUAAUCAGGGUGUGUUCAACUGGGGUCUAUUGCAUAUUUGGCAGGGUCUUCCAGAUUUUGACAAGGAAAAAAUCAAACUGAAAUCAGACCCUGUAAGGUCUCCCACUAUGGCAGGCGGACUUUUUGCUAUUUCAAAGAAAUGGUGGGAAUAUCUGGGGAAGUACGAUCCUGGUUUUGAAGUUUGGGGAGGCGAAAAUGUGGAAUUAUCAUUUAAAACGUGGAUGUGUGGCGGUAGGUUGGACAUCAUGCCUUGUUCGCAUGUCGGUCACGUGUUCCGAGGUGGAUCCCCUUAUCCCGCCCACGUGAAGAACUCCAUGUCCAUUAACCAGAAGCGUCUUGCCGAUGUUUGGCUCGAUGAGUACAAAGAAAUCGUGUAUUUAAGGCAUCCAGAGCUGAAAACGUUGGACGCCGGUAACAUAUCGUCACGUGUCGCGCUUAGGAAAAGUCUCAAUUGCAAGUCGUUUAAGUGGUACAUGGAAAACGUAGUACCAGAUAAGUAUGUACCUUCGCUGAAAUUAAAAGCAGGAGGUGGUAUAAAGACAUCUGAAAAAUGUGUAGACACAAUGCAAAAAGAAACGGGCGAAGUGGCACUUUAUCCGGCAUGUCACUACACCGGAUCACAGAACUUCCAGAUGACUGCAAAGGAUGAGAUUCGUCAUGGGGUGGACGCGUGCCUGGAAGCAGAUCUAGUGUACCAGAAGAUCGUACUGGCUCCAUGCAGUGGUAAAGUAAUGCAGAGUUGGAGCCAUAGUGGUGCAGGUACUCCUAUUCAGUCCAAGGCCAAUAGUGAAUACUGUGCGGCGGGUGUAGGGGACUCUCUGUUGCUGUAUAGAUGUGAUGCACAUGAUAGCAAUCAGGCAUUCACAUUUAAAGAGUACUACAAUGCUUAAUAACAACCAGGGACUCACUUUACCAAUUGUCAUGAGCAGAUCAACUCAACACAGCCUAGGUCUCCAAAACUUGAAUGAUUUUGGGCGGAGUUGUUAAUUUUCAAUUUAAAUACAAGAAAGGUGCUCUUAGCAAGAUUCCCAUAAUUAUAGCUAUUUAACUUGAUACCUCUUUCCAAAAAAAGGAAGCUCAAGCAAUCAAAUUUCGUAGCAAUCAAAAUUUUACAGACUAGCAGGUAUCGCAAUCGUGGUGUGCAGAUAACGGAAACUUUGAACAGCUUUUUUAUUAGUCAUUUCGACCUAUGAUUUCUCACUGAUGUUGACCGAAGAAAUAUUCACUGGCGCUUUAAGUACUCAUGCCGAAUAAAUUAUCUUUAUUACAUAUCUCGGUAAAAAUAGAAUAAAACGGUUUGUUUCAGAUGCAGAGCAAUGUAUAUUCGCAGUUUGAAUUAUUUUCACUUAUAUUUGAUUCUUUUUUCUUUAUAAAAUGUUCAUGU